CAGGCGCGGUGUUUUGGGCAGGUGGUGCCGGCGGGGACCCGACCCAACUCGAACCGAACCGAGCCGGGCCGGCUGCGGCCCCCGGUGCCAGCAUGGUGUUGCAGGAGCCCGCCGGGGCGCCGAGUCUGUCGACUGCGGCGGCAGGGGUCGGUGAUGCCGCUGCCGAGGUACAGCUGUCCCGGCGUCGCUGGGCCGUGCUGCUGCUCUUCAGCAGCUACUCCCUGUGCAACGCCUUCCAGUGGAUCCAGUACGGCAGCAUCAGCAACAUCUUCGUGCGCUUCUACGGCGUGAGCGCCUUCGCCAUCGACUGGCUUUCCAUGAGCUACAUGCUCAUCUACAUCCCCCUGCUCUUCCCUGUCGCCUGGCUGCUGGACAAGAGGGGCCUGCGCCUCAUCGCCCUGGCUGGCUCGGCCCUCAAUGCCAUGGGUGCCUGGGUGAAGCUGGGCAGCCUGAAGCCGCACCUCUUCCCCAUCACUGUCCUGGGACAGGUCAUCUGUGGCCUGGCCCAGGUCUUCAUCCUGGGCAUGCCCUCACGCAUCGCCUCCGUCUGGUUUGGCUCCCAGGAGGUCUCCACCGCCUGCUCCAUUGCUGUCUUUGGGAACCAGCUUGGCAUCGCUGCAGGCUUUCUGGUCCCUCCAGUUCUGAUCCCUAAUGUGGAGGAUGUGGAGAAGCUGGCCUACCACAUCAGCAUCAUGUUCUUCAUGACUGCAGGUGUGGCAUCAGCCCUGUUCAUCCUGGUCAUCAUAGUCUUCAAAGCGAAGCCCCCGAACCCUCCAAGCCGAGCUCAGGCCUUGAUCCAGUCAAGACCAGCUGUGGAGUAUUCCUAUGUGCAAUCAAUCCUCCGCCUGCUCCGCAAUGCCAACUUUUUGCUGCUUAUGGUCACUUAUGGUCUGAAUGUAGGUUGUUUCUACGCCUUGUCCACUCUGCUGAACCGCAUGGUGAUCCAUCACUACCCAGGGGAGGAGGUGAAUGCUGGCAGGAUUGGACUCACCAUUAUACUCUCGGGGAUGGCUGGGGCUCUGAUCUCCGGCAUCUGGUUGGACAAAACCAAAAUGUACAAGCAAACAACACUAGUUGUCUAUGUCAUGUCUCUGGUGGGAAUGAUAGUCUAUACCUUCACUCUGAGCCUGGGCCACCUCUGGGUGGUCUUUGUGACUGCUGGGUUGCUGGGGUUUUUCAUGACAGGAUACCUUCCCCUGGGCUUUGAGUUUGCUGCGGAGUUGACAUACCCAGAAUCAGAAGGAACAUCAUCAGGGCUUCUUAAUGUCUCAGCACAGAUUUUUGGUAUUGCCUUCACCAUUAGCCAAGGGCAAAUCAUAGAUCACUUUGGGACAAAGGGAGGAAACCUCUUGCUUUGUUCUGUCCUGUUCCUGGGGACUAUUAUGACAGCAUUCAUUAAGGCUGAUCUCCGAAGACAACAGGCCAAUUUGGAAAAUGAACAGACAAAAGUGUUGCCAGAAGCCUACACUAAUCCCAUAGUCCUUGAGGAAUCACGGCUGUGAAAUGAAGGGGUGGCAAAGCUGGGAGAUACAGCCCCCCUCAUUCCCAUCUUUUCUACCUGCACCAUGCUCCUGUUACAUGCAUGCCAUGGGAGGGGAGCAGCCUCAGGACAGGAACUGUGAACUGCUUGUGGAGAGUGUGAAAGAGCAAAACAAGAGGGGGGAGUUGCUUUUGUCAGUUUUAUCCUUGCAUCAUGCUGUUUUGGUGUUUGGGAGAAAAUGUUGGAAAAUCUGCUGUGUCCCCCCAGUCCCACCAUGUAUGAUUGGAAAAAGCACAUGUGCUGAGAGAAAAGCCACAGUACCAGGCUAACCCUGAGCAUGAUGGUGGCACCUUGCAUGUGGCUGUGAUGUGAAAGGCAGAAGCUGGACCACACUUAACUCUGAAGCUGGCUGGAAGAGCUGGCUCUAGGGAAAAGGGAUUGCUCUGUCUUGGUUCCCAUGAUGCUCUGUGUUGCACAGGUAGUAGUAGAGGCCUCAGUAUAUUACUAGCAAAGUGCAAAGCAGUGCACCAGCUGCUGCCAGCUCUUCUUGUAUUAUUUGGCUCUCCCAGAUGAAGCACUCUUAAUCUGGAUAAACUUUUACUCAGAAUUCACUGGGGUUGCCCUGAGGUUCUGACAUAUUAGGAGUAAUUAAGAGACACCAGUAUACCUCCUUCUAGCUCGAGGCAAGGACUAGUUCUGCAACUUAAAUCUAGCUCAUCACUACAUUAGCAACAGAAGUCAAACCACUGUUUCCCUGGGCUGAGGACCGUGUCUUCCUCCUUAACAAUAAAGUGCCUUUUGCAUAUUUCAACAUGA